CGGCGGGGAGGAGGUGGUGGAGCUGGAGGACGCGGUGAAGCUGCUGGUGGAGCACCUCGUGCUGCCAGCUCUGCUCCGGCGGGAGGAGGCCCUGAAGCCGGAGAAUCAGGAGACCGUGGCGCGUCAGGCAGCCAUGGAGCUUGCGGCUCCUCUCCGUGCGAUUCAUUUUGGGUGGAUGUGGCUGGCGCGGGUGCUGCGUGCUUGGGACUUUCGGAAUUCACAGCUUCUACGUGCUGACCUGUUGUACCGCUUUGUGUUGAUCACCCACUUUUUAUUUUCGAAGCAACAUCCACACACUUUUUUUUUUUGGCAGUCGCUUAGCUACAACUUACCUCACGACGAUGUGUUUUUUUGUGGUUGCGCAGAUGCACGCGACGGUUCUCUUGUACAACUAUUACCACCGGAAGCAGUUCCCGCAGCUCGAAUUCGCCGACCCCGAGCGGUUCUGCAUGACCGCCUCCCUCACCGCCGGGGACGCUCUGCUCGUGUACCUGAACCAGGUCCACGACCAGCGCGGCAACGGCGCGGGGGCCGGGCUCUCGGUCACCGACAAGGCAGUCGUCGACGCCUGCGACAUUGCCGAGGCACUCGACGCCACGAAGGACUCCCCCGAGAUGACUAUGUGGCCAAUCUCCAAGGUCGCUGUUCUGCUUCUCGAUCGGGCAAAGAAGAUGUGCUUGCUCGAGCAUGGAUCUGAAACCAAGGGCGUCUUUUCGCUCUUGGAGAAAGAUAUCAAGUCUGCAUUAGGUGGCUCGCGUAGCAGUGACUUGUCUGUGCAGGAGUCAACUAAUAAAUCCGUAGCACUUCCUUCAGAGCCAUACGUGCUCCAGCAGAUUGCAUAUUCAGAGGUGGAGCUCAAAACAGGUAUCAAGCGCACAAGCUUGCGUUUUCUCGAAGAACAUCGUGUGUACUCACUGAGUAAAAAGGGGACAGCUACGAUGUUGUUCGUUCUGCAGUAUGAGCAAAAUGUCAAUAGCAAGCUUAAGGAAAGGCCUUUAGAAGUUCUGGUCGACAGGAUGAGUGGUCCUAUAUUUAGACGUGAUCCGUAUCUUGCAACGACAUAUGUUGUUGAGUGUUAUCAUUUACUGCCAUAUAAGGAGGUUCUGUUAAACGUCCGGAACAGGGAAUGGCCUUUGGAUUGUUCACUGAGUGUGCCAAAGGAACGAUUAUUUCAAAAUAGAAACCCUUCAUCCCACUCUGAAAUAGAUGAAAGUUUGAAGGAACAAGAAGCCAAUAGCAGGUCUAAAAUGAAGAAAAUAGCCACAAACAUUUCAACUCCAAAGAAAAAUAAACAGGUAGUAAAAGCAGUUGGUGAUAGUGGCAACAGCAAAAAUAAAAAAAACAGCAACACGAACAGCAAAAGAAAACCUGAAACCUUCAGGUCUACACUUGCUACCUACACGGAGCAUGGGGAUGGUGAGAGCCCCACAAAAGAAACUGAUUCACUUGCUGCUCCAGAUGUGGAAAAUUUAAAAUUCGUGAGUGCAAAACCCACAAAAUCAACAAAUGGAGGGUCUGUAGACUUACAAGCGAGAGUCCAGAUGGACAAGGACAGAACAGAGAAGCACUCUAAGAGUAGAAACAUGCCCCAAGAUAUCUUUCCGGCGCUAGAUGUUGAUCCUGUAACUAAGAAUCAUGCUUUGGAGAGCCAAAAGGAGAAAGUCUCAGAAAAGUCUGGUGGCAUCACAGGUAGCAUGAAUGUUCAAAAGUAUGCGACACUGCAGUUACUUCGGAAGAUGCGGGAUGAUACUCUCCGUGAGCUUUGCAUGCUUGGAGAUCGAAGUGCUCAGUAUGAAAUGGAAAUUCAAACAAUCUUGACAGAAGGGGAGAUGACACCUAAAGUGGCAUCAAUCCUAAAGAAAUAUGAGAAUAGCUGGAACAUGAUGGAAGCUGCCAAUCCAACUUGCUCUGGAGAAGGAUGCCAAACCAUGAACAUAAAGAGGAAGAAACUGAAAGAAGCCAUCCUUCUACGCAGCAAAUGCCAGGAACUGGAUGAUAUAUGCCGUGACAGCAACUGGAUUCUUCCAAGAUACAAAGUACUUCCUUCAGUUACAGGUGAUAUGUACCAGGCCAGUGUCUACCUUACGGGCCCAGAUUUCAAUUUGAGUGCCGAUGGUGACAACAAGGUCACCCCCCAUGAGGCACGGGACUCUGCGGCGUCCAACAUGCUGUACCAGCUUCAGCAGAAGGCAAUGGAAAGCUAGAAGUCAGAAGACCAGCAGGUCUUCACAGGUCACAGCACCCCCUGAUGCUGCAGCAUUACCGGGUUUCAGGCUGGAAAGAACAGCCACCACAGCUCAGAACUGAAACAUCCAAUGAGAAAUGUCGUCUUGUUAUGUAGUUUUGCUGUUGUAACAUCCAGAGGUUACUGGUGUCUGGCACUGUGUUUUAAAUUUCUAGCUGCAGGAUGGAUUAUUCGAUUUAAGUAAAUGAAAAAUGUUUGUGAACUUAACUUU